AGAGGCUGGGGCUUGGCUCGGAGGGUCUGUGUCGCUCCGCACCUCCUAGGCAGUGGCUCUUCUGGAUGAGGAGGGGCUGCGGAGCCUCAGAGAGCUGCCGGGACGAAGUGCUGUCCUCCCGCGGGGCCUGAGCCCAGGACGCCCGCCCCGGAGCCUUUCUCCUCCACCAUGGCCGAGCUGAUCCAGAAGAAGCUGCAGGGAGAAGUGGAGAAAUACCAGCAGCUGCAGAAGGACCUGAGUAAAUCCAUGUCGGGGAGGCAGAAGCUGGAGGCACAGCUAACAGAAAAUAACAUCGUGAAGGAGGAACUGGCCUUGCUGGAUGGAUCCAACGUGGUCUUUAAGCUGCUGGGACCCGUGCUCGUCAAACAGGAGCUAGGGGAGGCUCGGGCCACGGUGGGGAAGAGGCUCGACUACAUCACCGCGGAAAUUAAGCGCUACGAAUCGCAGCUUCGGGACCUUGAGCGGCAGUCGGAGCAACAGAGGGAAACCCUUGCUCAGCUGCAGCAGGAGUUCCAGCGAGCCCAGGCAGCAAAGGCUCCUGGGAAGGCCUGACCCCAUGGAAGGGGGAGGGGAGGGAGGGAUGAGGCAGCUCCGGGUCUACACGAGAAUAGCCAAUAAAAUGUCAACAAAACCA